AUGGGGAUGGAAAUUGGUGCCAAUAGAAUAGUAGUCUCUCAUUUGCAAUUUGUUGAUGAUUCCCUUUUGUUUUGUGAGGCUAAUAGGCAGGAGACGCUCAAUAUCAAAAGGAUUCAUAGGUGGUUUGAAAUCCUAUUAGGUCUCAAGAUUAAUUAUCAUAAAAGUGUGGUUUGUGGGGUGGGUAUUUCUGAAGCAUCGAGCAAAGAGUUUACAACAUUAUUGAACUGCACAACUCAGGGGUUCGCAUUGAAAUAUCUUGGGUUGUCUUUGGGUGUGAGUCCAAGUAGAAAGAACAUAUGGAAACCAGUUGUGGAUAAAAUAAAGGCCAAGCUCUCUGGAUGGAAAAGUAGAUUUUUGUCAUUUGCUAGUAGGUUGACGUUGAUCAAGGCAGUAUUAUCUAAUCUGCCAGUGUAUUACCUAUCAUUGUUCAAGAUGCUUGAAGGAAUUGCUAAGGAAAUAGAUAGCAUUCAGGCUGCAUUCUUAUAG